UCGCGUUUGUUGAAGCUGCUCUGAUAGUUCCUGUUGCAGAGCUGCAGCUACUCUGAGCUGGGCGUUUACUGAUCUGAAGGCUUCUGUACAGUUUCUUCUGAAUGUCCAAAUACAAACUCUUACUUCUCCGACAUGGGGAGGGGGCCUGGAACAAGGAGAACCGCUUCUGCAGCUGGGUUGACCAGAAACUGAGCGAGAACGGGGUGGUGGAAGCCCGAGAAUGCGGCAGACUCCUGAAAGAGCAGGGGUACCAAUUCGACCAGGUUUUUACCUCCAUACUGAGCCGCUCCAUCCAGACGGCCUGGUUGGUGCUGGAGGCCAUGGGACAAGAGUGGGUCCCAGUCACCAAAUCCUGGAGGUUAAACGAGCGGCAUUACGGUGCCCUGAUUGGCCUCAAUCGGGCCGAGAUGGCGUUGAACCAUGGCGAGGAACAGGUUAAAUUGUGGAGGCGAAGCUAUGACAUCACGCCGCCCCCCAUUGAUGAGUCACAUCCCUAUUAUGCUGAAAUUUACAAUGACUGCCGAUACAGUACGUGUGACGUUCCAAAAGAGGAACUGCCCAAAACGGAAAGUCUAAAGGAAGUGUUGGACAGACUUCUUCCUUAUUGGAAUGAUGUCAUUGUACCGGUGAUCAAGAGUGGCCAAACGGUCCUCAUCUCUGCACAUGGCAACAGCUGCAGGGCUUUGCUUAAACAUUUGGAAGAUAUAUCAGAAACAGACAUUGUGAAUGUAACGCUGCCCACCGGAGUACCAGUCUUGCUGGAGCUUGAUGAAGAUCUUCGACCGGUCAAGCCCCGCCAGCUUCUGGGUGAUCAGGCCAAAAUUCAGGCAGCCAUCAAAAAGGUGGAGGAUCAAGGGAAGGCUAAUGCACAAAAUAAAUAAGGAUUUUAUUGGUGAAAAUGCCAGAAUCAUUCAGAUAGGAACUGUUCAAACAGAAAGAUUAUUAGUCAGUCAUGAAGCACCUGGUAAAAUGGCACACACUGUAGGGUGUGUCUGAGGUAGACUGGUUUAGUGGUAUUUUAGGAAUCAUGAAGAGUUAGUCAAUAUUUUGAAUUUAAGCACUGGUUACUGAUCCAAAAUGCACACAAUUUUGUCAUAGCAAGAGGUCUGUAGACCAAAUAAUAAUGAAAUAGAUGUUGAUGUAAUAUUUAAAAUGAUCAUUUAAUAAUGUGUUAUUUUUUGUUAGCUCUUGCUUAGUUUUCCAAUGGAUUUGUGGCCACGGAAAACCAGUGGUGCCUUCCUUUGGGCGAAAAAUUGGAUCCAUCAGUUGUGUUCUAACAGAAUUUCGUAUUAAAGGUCAACAUAUGAUUUUAACCAUUUCUGUAUUUAAAAACUACCAAACAAGAGUUUAGGGUCAGUAAAAAGUCACUUAAGCUCACCGAG